UGUUCGCAUCGCCAUGUGAGGCCAAUGCGAGCUCCCUUUUAAACUAUAGAGAAGAGAGAUCCGUUGCAUGUUUGCCAGUUACAAGCCUCCUUUCUGCUGAAAAGAAUAUGGCUUCAGAGGAUGAGUUCAAGGAGUAUGCAGAGAAGGCCAAGUCAUUGCCGCUGAGCACAAAAGAUGCAGACAAGCUGGUGCUCUAUGGGCUGUACAAGCAAGCCACCAUUGGAGCUGUCAAUACCAGUCGACCCGGGUUGUUCAGCCCUGCAGACAGGGCGAAAUGGGAUGCUUGGAAAGCAGUUGAAGGGAAGAGCAAGGAAGAAGCAAUGGCUGAUUAUAUCGCCAAGGUGAAGCAGCUGCAGGAAGUGCCCUCCACAUGAAUUGAAUUCCAUUCCUAUCCUGUUUGGACUUCCGUCACUUCCGAAACUCAGUC